GUGGUGCCUUCUUUGUUGGGUGAGGGCGCACAAAGAGGUGCUGGUUGUUUGCGCGAAACAACCGCAUGCGGUACAAACUGCCUGUUGUCGGAGUGCUUGAGGCUGGUCAGAAGGUAGCCAGCAAAGUGGACGCCAACAGCGCACGCACAAGGACACCAAAGGUUGCGCGCACUUGCGGCAAACGAACCGCUUUGCGGGUGGCGAUUUGGAGCGGGCUUGUACUUUCGAUUUUUUUUCUUUGUCGCUGUGUGUUUUCAACAUGGCAGCUGUGGCGAAUGGCGUCGCUGUGCUUUCUGCUUUGCUCGUUUUCACGGCAAAAUGCCUUCCCUGCCGUAGCAACGGCGGUAGCGUCGAGAGUAGGGUGGUAGCGCGAAGCUCGUGCCGCGGACUCGUGAACGACACAUGCGUUUUGAGUAGAGUAGGCUUUUACGGUGUAGUUGUGAGUGCUGUGACUAGAGUCGACACUCGUGGUCGGGGCGCGCGGGCGAGACGAAAAAAGCUGGUACAUCUCUCCUGGUACAUCUCUCCGUGUGUUUAGGCCACUCAGCUACGUACUGCACCUGGUGUGUUUUGUGUGUUUGAUACCCCCUCCCCCCCCCC